AUGAAAGUAAGUGCAGACAGAUAAACACUUAAAAACGCAGCAAGAAUACACAGACACAUCACUGCAGAGACUCUGUCAGUGGGAUGAGGAUGAAGAUGGAGAGGAAGCAGCUUUUUGUUCCUGUGGCCAUAAUAAUAUUGGCUUUGGGGGUUACAAGUACAACAACUGCUACUACAACAAAACCAAAACCUACUACAACAAGACCUACUACUACAACAAAACCUAAACCUACUACAACAAGACCUACUACUACAAGAAGAACUACUACUCGAUGGACCACAACUUCCACAGCAUGGACAACAGGUCACACUGGACUUAAUUUGUAUGGGAAGAUGUUCACUUUGUCCAACAGUGGAGGAAUAUCCUUCUAUUCCCCUUAUUUUUCUUCUACUCCCUACUAUUCCUGGACCACAACACCUUCCACUCAGGGUGUGUCCGUGUGUCUGCGUUACAUCACCGACUCACCGUCUGUUACCUUGACACUCAGUCCAUCCCGUAAACCUCUGAGGCUGACUCUCAGUGACACAGCAUUCCAGCUGUACACAAACCCAUACGGUUAUUACCAAUCCUUCAUACCCAACAUAAAGUUCUUUCCAAACCUUUAUGAGGAGAUCUGGACCAGAGUCUGCAUCACCAUGGACUCCAUGAAACCUGUGGCCCAGGUGUUCCGCGGCUCCAACAUGAGCAUCAAGAAGAUGCUGCGUUAUAAGUACGUGUGGUCAGGUGAGCCUGUGAUUGAUUUCUCAGGUUUUGAUGGUCAGGUGACAGACAUCCAGAUGUGGGAUUAUCCUCUCCGCUACAAUGAAGUCUACAGCUACAUGAGUGGCGGUGUCUACGGGUCGUACCAGGGCUCGGUCCUCACCUGGUCCUACAUCAGCUACUCUUCCAGAGGAUACAUGCUACUGGAGGACGUCUAUCAGUGGCAGGGAAAACAGCUGAUCAACAGAUGGGGAAUAGGACGUGCGCGGAAGUGGGAGAAGGCCAAGAAGUUUGUCCAACUGGGGGAAAGUAUGGAGAGCAAGACAAAACAGCUGUAAUGAAACAUACAGGGGUGUGUGUAGGAGAAGCUGCUUCCUCUGCUCCUCAUCUAACAACCUCCUCAACAAGAAUUAACAGUCGGGAUCAAUCAGUCAAUCAAUAGUUCAGUGUAAAUGAAACUCAUGUAUGUGAUUAUACUGUAUACAGCAAACUAGUCGACAUGCUGUAUGAGCUUAUUGGUGUAAUUUUUACUGUCUCUGGCUUUUUGUUGUUCUAUUUUUAAGUUGUUUGCUUCAUUUUGUAUCUUAAUAAACCAAUGUCUCAGAGAAUA